AUGUCUCCUUCUCGCGAUGCCCUCGCUCAUCGCGGGGAUGAAGAUGAGGUUUGUCCCGUUUGCAAAUCAUCCCGCUACUUGAACCCGGAUAUGCGAUUCCUUAUCAAUCCAGAAUGCUACCAUAAGAUGUGCGAGUCAUGUGUGGAUCGGAUUUUCUCGUCGGGCCCUGCCAACUGCCCUGUCGCAGGAUGCCAUAGAACUUUGCGGAAGAAUCGGUUCAGAAGGCAGACAUUUGAGGAUAUCGGGGUGGAAAGGGAGGUGGAUAUACGGCGCCGAGUGAUGUCGAUUCUCAAUCGCCGCGAGGAGGAGUUCGACUCGAAACGGGCAUGGGACGACUUCCUUGAACAGCGUGAAGAAAUUAUUGCGAAUCUCGUCCACGGUACAGACGUAGCAAAGACAGAGGCAGAUCUCCAGAAAUACGCUCAAGAGAACAUGAACUCCAUUCGGGCCAACCGCGCGCUCGAAGCCCAGGAGGCAUCCUCUUUCCAAGAACAGCAGACACAUGAACAGGAGCUCGCACGUAUCCGCCGGGAGGCAGCAAGGCAAGAAUACGAGAACGAACGACGAGAUCUUAUCGCUGGCCGGGAAGACUAUCUCGCCCGGCUUGCCGCUGGAAAACCAGGCGAUGCUGCCACCAUUGCCCGCGAGAGCCACAAAGUCCUCCUCAAGAAAUCAUCGGCGCGGCGUAGCGAGGAAGACCGAAUCCGUCAGAAGCAGGCCGCCCUGCGCGGCUCGGAGCUCAAGAAGCUCGGCCAGGCAGCCAACACUGCGGAGCGCGCAGGUGCAGCAGACACAGGCCUCAUCAAGGGUCUCAAGAAGAUUAAGACCCCGGAGCCCGAGAAGCCCUACGAUCCAUUUGGCGGCCUCGUUCCCAACAAGCGCGACUACUAUACCCUACGCGAUCACUACCCAUCGAGUUACCUCGACCCAAUCAGACAGGACACCCGUAUGCAGGCAGGUGGGUACGAUUUACGGGAAUAUUACUCUCGUACCCUGCUCGAGGCAUUUGCAGGCUUGGGUUGCUUUAUCGAUGAGGAAGUAUCUAAACGUGAUGCUACGAGUACAACUGGGAUCUCAAAGCCUGUAGCCACUGAGGGGGCAGCAAUGGCUGCUGUAUCGGGCUCUAAGGGAAGAGCAUGA